AUGAACGAGGAUUAUAACUACGGUUACCCCGAUACGGAGUCUCUUUUGGUUGCUCUUAACCAAGAUCAGACUCAGUUGUAUGAACUGCAAAACGAGAACGACAAUGUGAAUGCCAACAACUUGAAUAUGGACUAUGCGAUUGAUGAUGCGGAGACACGCAAAACGGAAGGAUAUUUCGAAAAGAGUUCGAACCCGUAUGCUGCCGAUCUCAACCCGGUAACAAAUCUAUCAUCUGGGGAGUCGUUCAGUGAAACAGGCACAACGCCUUCACCGAUGCUAUCCGGAGAUGUAAAUCGGGCUAUAGACAGCCAAAUGUAUCUUCCUGUGAAACAAGAAGUGGCCAGUCCAGAUUUUUUCGGAAGUGGCAACGUAUCUUCCGAAGGACCCAACACUUUCGAUUCUAAUGGCGGUCAGGCUUUGGACACAUCAGCUGAGAACCAACAGCAAGGUGCAAAUGCUGCAAUGACAACCAACGCCCCUGAUCCUAAUUUGUCUUCCUACUCUACGACUCCAACCACGACCACGGCCGAUAGUGGUCACAGUAGUGCCAAAAAUCGAUCCGUAAAGCCUAAGGCUGAGAAGAAAGUUAAGAAGGAACGUUCAACCCAUAAUAUGAUUGAAAAGAAAUACCGUACAAAUAUCAAUAGUAAAAUUAUAGCGUUGAGAGAUGCAGUACCGUCAUUAAGAAUAGCUGCUUACGCUGAUAAUUCUUUGACUAUUGAUGACUUGGAAGGGUUGACUCCAGCUUCCAAACUCAAUAAAGCAAGCAUAUUGACAAAGGCCACCGAGUAUAUCAAGCAUUUGGAGGGCAAAAAUAGAAGGCUUAUGGAUGAAGUAACAAUUUUGAAAGGUUAUAUGCAGCAAGCACCGGGGCAGCUCAACCGAAGAUUUCUAUCAACACCACAGCCACAACAGCACCAACAACUACAGACUGAUAGCCAGCAGCAGCAAUCGCACCAACAACAACAAUCAUUACAACAGCAACCGCAUGGCCAGUCUAUACCUAUGGGCAAUACGUUUGGCUACCCCGAAUUCUCCAGUUAUCCUCCCUCUAACUCUAUACCACUGGGCCAGAAGAUUGCCUUAGGUGGAUUAACAGGGAUGGUUGGAACCCAAUUAUAUGCCGGACAGGAUUCCGACUUGAAAGGUCUCUCAACCUUGCCGUUUGCUCAUGUAUUCCCAAUAUUGCAGAAUGCAAAACUAAUUCACACACUCAAGAUCUUCUUUGUUUGUUACGCCCUCUUCUAUUUGUUAUACCCCAUUUUUGUUCACAACAAACCAUCUAAAACACAACAUGGGACUUCUAAUUUUCCGUUCAUUCACUCUGUUACUCGACUAAUCACAGAUGCUCCUGCUUUAGUGCGUGACGCUUUCACAGGAUGGCUUAAAAAAGGAAGUUUAACUGCCACAGAUAAAAUAAAGCUAAUUGAAGAGAUAAAUAACACAGUUGAUGCAUUUGUGAUAAGAGAAAUCUCUAGGCCAGAUGGAGAGAUCGUAUCUCACCGAAGGGUAUUUUUUGAACUCGGAAAAAUCCUUUUGAGGAUGAAUAUUUUAGACGACCAGUUCCUGACCAUAACACAAUCGGAAAAUGUGUUGAUUUUUCAGUUCUACCGCUCAAUUAUUUACAAGCUGAUCAAGUUCAGUCUUGCAAGCAGGUUUCCCUACUUUUUUGAUUAUUCCAAACUAACUGCAUACGAUCGUAGCUUCUUGGCAAGCACAAAGGAAAUGCGAUCAACUAAGUUUGAUACUCCGACCACAAAAUUCUUUCAAUCUUUUAGCUCCUCAGAUGAAAUUUUCACUGGGCCUACUUGCUUGUCAUUGUUGGCGAAAUGGCUAAACUUAAUGCCUAGUCAAGUCACAGAUGAGCAACAGGAUUAUCAAAAUUUGAAAAAUAAUGUGCUUAAUCAAAAAGUGGAAGAUUUGAAUUUCUAUACAAUUUGCAUCUGUAUCAGAAGCAGUUUUGUUUUGGAAACUGUUUUCUUGGAGUAUUUGAACACGUUUUUGGACAACAAGAAGAUUUCGCAGGAAGAAAUUGAGAAUAAGAGACAUAAGAUUUCACAGUUGAUUGCCACUACCCCUGAAAUAUUUUCUUAUCUGAUCUUAAAUAAUAGGGUGUUCUGUAGUUUGUUGGAUCCAUCAAAUGGAAAGCAUUUACAAUUUUUUGUGGACACUAUCAAAGAACGAAGUCUGCAGAAGCUAGAGUCGAUUAAGUUCAAUGACUUGUCGGGAGCUGAUUCUGCUAGGUCUUCAAUUUCAGAGAGUAGUAUUUUUUCAUAUCCACAUGGAUCAGUAUUGGAAAGCACUGAUGAGGAUGAAGAAGAUGAUAGGUUUAGUGAAGAUGAAAAUAGUGUGGAGUCCGCAAGUGACACUGAAACUGACACCAAAGGAGCCCAGGUCAAGGUUAUCUGCAAACCAGCAAGACCUAUCCUUCUGGAUGAGAGCCGAAUUAUCGAAGACGAAGGAAUUGCUAAGCUGUUCGAUAAUUCACAGAGAAGUAAACAGGUCGAUCUGAUUUCAUCGGAAGAUUACCAGAAGUUGACCUCGAUGGUGAUUUUAUACUAUGUUUCCAAGAAGGAAACCAUCUCCCUGGGUUUAAGGUUACUGCCAUUGAUGAAGCCACCUAUAAACGACGAGUAUGGAUGCCGGUCACUUGUUUGGCUUGGAUGUAUGAUCCAAUUACUCUGUACAAUAAUUGACAAUAAGGAUAUCCUGACUCAACUGAAACCUGAUCAUAGACAAGUUUUGGAAGAAAACGUUGUGGCACUAAUAAUUUCAAUUAACUCCAGCCUUAAAGUGCAUAAUAAACUGUUCUCACAAUUGAGUUACAUUGAUAAGGUGAAUCUUUCUUCUAAACUAUCAAACUUGGAUCUGAAGCUGAAUGGAUACAUCAACUGA